AACUUGUGACGUUGUUGUUUUGGAUAAACAGUAGACAAAGUCAGCCUGCUGUUGCUUGUUUGAAACAGAAUGCUGUAAACGUUGACUCUGGGACGUUUUGGUAGCUCGACUCGGUGGAAGUUUUCAUGUUGGGACCAUGGAGAGCUCAGCCGGCGUUAAUGCGGACCAACCGGAACAGCUCGGUACUAAUGGUUGUUGCGUCAAAUGGCGCAACUGGUGCGGCUUUUGGCUCCUUGGACUCUGCAACAACUUUGCUUAUGUGGUCAUGCUGAGUGCAGCUCAUGACAUCCUCGAAAAGCAAGAAUCAAAAAACUCAACAGCGACUACCCCUGAUCAGCUGGCUGUGGGUCGCCGAGCUGGAAACCAUAGCAACAGUAGUCGGUAUGACUGCAGUCCUGUCAGCACAGGGGCUGUGCUGCUGGCUGACAUUCUUCCAACACUCUUCAUCAAGAUUUUGGCUCCCUUUGUGAUCCACAAAGUACCCUAUGGUUUUCGGGUGCUGUUUUGUGUCGCCAUGGCAGCAGCAAGUUUCCUGCUCGUUUCCUUUUCCUCUGCAGUGUGGCUAAGUAUUGUCGGAGUGAUAUUUGCCAGUAUAAGCUCUGGGCUGGGGGAACUAUCAUUCCUCUCACUCAGUGUUUUCUUCAACAGGAAUGUUCUGGAAGGCUGGGGUUCUGGGACUGGUGCUGCUGGUGUUACUGGUUCCCUCCUCUAUGCAGGCCUCAUCCAAGCACAUCUCUCCCCCCGAACCACGCUGCUAAUUAUGCUAAUUGUUCCGAUAGCAAUGCUCCUUAGCUAUUUCUUUCUGCUGGUUCCUGAACCUUCGCUACCUCAGUGGAGCAGGUCGGAGACAGAGUGUCCACCUGGGGACUCGGAGGAACGACAGCAACUGAUGGACGAAUCAGAAGAUGACCUGGAGACAUCAGCUCUAGAGGACAGGACCAUGGGACCGGUCACCCUGCAGGAGAAGUUAGCUGUCAUCAAGGGCUUGUUACAGUUUGUUAUUCCUCUGGGAGUGGUCUACUUUGCUGAGUACUUCAUCAACCAAGGCUUGAUGGAGCUCCUGUUUUUUCACAACUCUUCCUUAUCGCAUGCGGAACAGUAUCGCUGGUACCAGACCCUGUACCAGGUUGGUGUGUUCCUGUCCCGAUCAUCUCUGCGUUUGAUAAAGUUCAGGAAAACUUGGAUUUUCUCGUUACUGCAGAUGGUGAACGCAUUUUUCCUCAUCUUUGCUGUGUUCUACCAGUUUCUGCCCAGCAUCUGGAUUGUCUUUGGUAUUAUUCUCUAUGAGGGUUUGUUGGGUGGAGCAGCCUAUGUAAACACCUUCCACUUCAUCAGCAAGGAGACUGAAAGCAGACACAGAGAGUUUGCCAUGGCAACGUCCAGUGUGGGAGACAGUCUGGGAAUAGCUGUGGCUGGAGCUGCAGCUUUCCCCACACAUAGCUACUUCUGCUCCCUGUGACGAAGCGCCUGCACCCCCCAUCUUGAUGAAUAACCAACAUACUAGAGGAGGACUCUGUUUUAACAAUUUCUUCAAAGAUUGGGAUUUAGAAUAAAACACAUAACUCUUUCAUAAAAAUCCUCAUCUACACAUAAAGAAUCCCCCCUGAAUUCAGCAGCACCAGUUGCUGAAUACUCUGCAGAAGAAAACUGACAUUAUCAGUGGUUUCAGCUUCCAGCCCAUGAAAUACCAGUGAAGGAGGCUGGUGGUAACCCAGACUGUGCCAGUUAAACAACUGACAACACAACCUGCAUCAGCUGACAAUGAAUCCUCUUGGAUCUGUUUUUAUUCUCUCAUAAGUAGUGAUUUUAUCUCUUGAUUUUGAUAGCCUUAAAAUACAGUGCUACAACACAUUAUUUUAUUUAGUUCAAUUUUUAAGGGAAUCUCAAGACAUUUGAGGAUUCACGAGUCCAGACGGAAAUACUGACAAUGUUGAGAACCUCUGCCUUAUAGUGUGUCUGCCCCACACAACAAAUUUAAGAAACUCAUUACAUAAUGUGUCUUCAUCUGAACCUGCUUCAUGUGACAGUUUAACUUUGAUGUUCUUUGUACAGAUUAAUUGUCUGAAGUGUAUUCUAUGAUCAGUCAGUCAGUAAAGUCUUCAGGAGGGAUGACAGGCUCCUGUAAACUGUAAUAUUUGCUUAAAAGCAUUUUCUGCUACAUUCUUUUGAAACAUUGAUGUUAAAAAUAGCUCUUUAUGUUUGUGUUUUAAACACCUUCACAUUUUCACUGUUAACUGAAAGCACCGGCGUGGUAGUAUUUGAUUGAUAAAAGCUCUUACUUUCCUGCAAACUUCCAUCAAUACAAAUGGAGAGUAUUAACCUUUGACUGGGACACAGAGGGCAGAGAUGCAGCUUAAGCACCUUGUUAAAUCGAGCAAUCAAGUUUGUUUUACAGCAAAUUUUAGCACUGAGGCAAUUCAAAGUGAUAAGCACUUUGUGGUACAAAGAAGCUGAAUGAUGCUUCUACAUGUUUGGUUCUGGAUGCAAAGCAGAACCAGAACCAGAAGACUGAAGAGGUCUGCAAGGUUGAUACACCAACAGAUCUUUGAUGUGUUGUAGUGCUAAGUUUUUUACUGAUUUAUAAAUGAACAAUUCUUGAAACUGUU